UACAGUUACAGUUUCUCACACUGCAAGGAUGACAAGCUCAGAGAGCACACAGAGGCUGCUUCUGCAGAGUCUCUGGGACUGGUUUAGAGAUCAGCAGACUGUCCUCAGAUCUCCAUUUUUCCCAGUUUUGUUCUCCCUGACGGUUUACCUGAGCUGCUGUUUCCCUUAUGCCUGCCUGGAUUUGCUGUGCUCCAGACUGACCCUGUUUCACCGGUUCAAGAUCCAGCCUCAGAAGAAAGUGACGUGGGUAAUGGCUUGGAGGUGCCUGCGUAAAAUCUUCCACAACCACGUGUGUUUCCUUCUGCCUCUGUCUGUCAUGCACUGGUACUGGAAGCCUGUGGUUUCUCCUCAGCUGGCACCAGACGUGCUGUCUGUUGUCAGGGAUGUCCUGGCCUGCCUCCUCCUCUUCGACAUGCAGUACUUUCUGUGGCAUCUGCUGCACCACAAGGUCUCCUGGCUCUACCAUUCCUUCCACAAGGAGCACCACCUCAACACUGCUACCUUCUCCCUGACCACGGAGUACACAGGAGUCUGGGAGAUGCUGAGCCUCAGCUUCUUCUCUAUGCUGAACCCUGCGCUGCUGGACUGCCAUCCACUUACGGAGAUGUUCUUCUUCAUCACUAAUAUUUACCUGUCCGUGGAGGCUCACUCAGGCUAUGAAUUUCCCUGGUCUCCUCAUAAACUGGUGCCGUUCGGCCUCUAUGGAGGAGCUCAGCACCAUGACCUCCAUCACCUCAAAUUUAAGGUGAACUACGCUCCAUAUUUCACACACUGGGACAGACUCUUUGGAACACUGAGGGAAGAAUAAACUCAGAAUGAGGCAUAAAACAAUGAGACUUUAAAGGGCUGAAGCACAUUUGUUCCUGCUAUUAACCUGCAAGAAGAGCACUAAUAAUGAAGACUGAUUUUUGUACAACUUGCUGACAUUCUGUUGUGCUUCAAGCUCAGAUAUGUUUUUUUUAAAUAUCUGUGUUCAGUCUGUAAUGUAGCCGUUUCAGUGCGCACACUAUGAAGGCAUUGCUGCUUAACCCUCCUGUUGUCCUCAUUUACGGGCACCGAAAAAUAUUGUUUCUUUGUUGGAAAAAAUCCAAAAAUUCAGCAAAAAAAAUUCCCCAAAUUUCUGAAAAUUUGCAAAACCGUCAGGAAAAAAAAUCCAACAAUUCCUUGAAGGUUUCCCUUAAAAGUUUUACUUAAAAAAGAAAAAAAAUCCCCCAAAUUUGGCAAGAAAAUUCUUGUAAAUAUUUCCAAACAAUGAGUAAAAACCUUUAAAAAAAAUCCUAAAAAUAUCUGAAGUGUUUACAUAUUUAUCAGUAAAACUUCCACCAGAUUUCACUGGAUUUUGGUUGAUUUUUUUUGUGUGAAUGUUCUUAAGACACAUUUUUAACAUUUCUUUUUUUCCACCAAAACAUUUUGAAAAUGUGGACAUCAGAAGUUUCACUGUGAAAAUGUUUUUUCCCCCCACAUUUUCAAACUUUAAAACGGGUCAAUUUUGACCCGCGGGACAACAUGACGGUGAACAGAAUCAAAGAUUUGAGAAGGAAAAAUGUAAAUCUCAGCUCCCAAACAAACCAUUGGAUGUACAUCCACCCGAUGACGAGCAGGAAAUCUCAAAUGAGACAGAAGUUGUCUAUUUACUCGUGUUUUGGUCAUUAAUUUUAUUCAAUCUGCACCAAACUGACUGUAAGGACUGACACAAGAGAAGUGGACAAUACUGGCAUUUUUGCCUUUUUCUUUUUUAGCGAACAGAAACAGGAAACUGCGGCUGAGAGAGAAAGGGAUGGCAUGCAGCAGAUAUCCCCGACGCAGAAAGUGAACUUCAAGCGCUGUGGUUAAAUGAAGCUGCUGGUUAACCCCAGUCAUUGUAAUAUUAUUUCUUAUUCAAUUAAAGCUGAAUUACUUUGGAAA